AUGCAAUCAACAAUCAUCGCCUUAGUCGCUUUUGGUAUGCUUUUGGCUUUCGUUCAAUGUACAGACAACACGAACGUUGCUGAAUAUCGCAUCAAACAAAGCUUCAUCAGUGCUGCUCGUACAUACGAUGUUGAAAGCAAAACCAAUGCUCCAAACAAAUACACCGUCCGUGAUGAACUCUUAAGCGUUGGAAAGAAACUCUACUUAUUAGAAGAUGGCAAAGAACGUUAUUCAGUUCGUCAUGAUCUUACCAACAUUAUGUCAACAUGGAUCAUCACUGACUCACUCAGUGGCAAAGAAGUCGGCACCAUUGAAAACAAACUUAAAUUUGUUGGAUCAUUAAUGCAAGCCACUGGUUCAUUCGGUACCUACAAAAUCGAAGGUGAUUUCGGCAACUAUUCAUACAGCAUCAUGAAAGAUGGUGAAAAGGUUGCUUCAAUUGAAAAGAAAGCCCUUCAUUUACAUCAUACAUAUGACUUAACUGUCUAUGGUACAGCUGAUCGUGCUCUUAUGAUUUUAUUCUCAAUGAUUGUCAAUGAAAUCCGCGAACAUUAA